UCACAGUCGAGCACUAUCAAGCCGAUGAUCAUGGACGACAGAGUCGCACCAUUUCUUCCCGAAGAAAUCAUAAGAAACAUUCUCAAACGUCUUCCUGUAAAAUCCCUGAUGCGAUUUCAAUGUGUGUGCAAACAUUGGAAAAAUCUCUUCAAGUGUCCAUCUUUCAUCGCUGACCACUUCCACCACUCCAGCCAUCAAAACCCUCUUCUUCUUCUCCAACCGGAACGCGAAGGUCAAUAUAUUUCUCAUUUAUAUUUGCUCGAUCGUGAGAUGCAAGUUCAUGAUCUUUCGAACUUGUUUGAUGCCAUGCGGAUCAUAGGUUCCUGCAAUGGCUUGCUCUGUGUUGAAAUCGAUGUGCAAGGAUUUGGGUUCAGUCCCAUGGUUAAUGAUUACAAGAUAGUGAGAACUUAUGCUGAGUAUAAGGAUUCGAUUUAUCAAGUGGAAGUGUAUUCAUUAAGCACUAGGUCAUGGAAAGAAGUAGAAUUCGAUUACAUGGCGGGUACACGAUUUGUUAAUGAUGCUAUAACUGCUAAUGGAUCUAUGUUUGGAUUGGGUUACUAG